AUGGACGGGGCAAAGGCUGAAGAGGUGGAGCAGGAGCGCGCGGCGUUCCUCAAAAUAUGCAGGGCAUUCCAGGGAUACGCGGCCGACGCGGCGGAGGAGGUGCACCGGUGGGAGCGCAUGUUCGAGCGCCUACCGCCGGCGCACCAAUCGCUGCUCGCGCAUCAUCGCGACAAACACGUCGAGGCGUAUCGGUGCGUGGGCAGAAACGACAAGUUCCUCUCUGAUAUGCUCGCCACCUACAUGGGCGAUGACGUCCCACCGCACCUGCGCGUGCCCCCUGCCGAGAAAACGGACGGCGUGACCAGGGCUUUGCACCGCGUCGCGCCCGUGGACGUCGAGAAGGUGCGGUACGUGCUCAAGAAUCUCGCGCGGGAUUGGUCGGCGGAGGCGGCGGGGGAGCGCGAGCAGUCGCACGGGCCGAUCAUCCGCGAGCUCACCGCAAGGCAUCCACCGCCCGGGCCCGACCGCGACGUGUAUCCGCCGCGCGUCUUGGUUCCCGGCGCGGGGCUCGGCAGGCUCGUCAUGGAGAUCGCGAGGCGAGGGUACCAAGCCGAGGGCAACGAGUUCAGCUACUACAUGCUGCUCACGAGCUCCUACAUCCUCAACCAUGCGUCUCGAGCGAACGAGUGGAUCAUCCACCCGUGGGUCCACUCGAACUGCAACCACCAAAGCGACGCCGAUCAACUCGCGGCGGUUCACAUCCCGGACGUCCCCGCGUGCCACGCCAUCGUCGACGGCGCGGCAGUCGGAGGGUCCAUGUCCAUGUGCGCCGGAGACUUUGUCGAGUGCUACGGGGACGAUCAAAACGUCGGAGCCUGGGACGCCGUGUGCACGUGUUUCUUCAUAGACACCGCGCACAACGUGGUGGAGUACCUGCAGACGAUCGCGUCGUGUCUCCGUCCGGGCGGUACGUGGAUCAACUUCGGCCCGCUGCUGUACCACUGGGCGGAGGGCGCCGGUUACGUGGGCGACGGGGAGGAGCUCUCGGUGGAGAUGAGUCUGGACGACGUGUGCGUUGUCGCGGAGAGCGUCGGGCUGCGGAUCGAGACGAGGGAGAUGGCUGAGGCGCGGUACACGUCGGACGCGCGGUCGAUGCUGCAGACGGUGUACAACUGCGCGCUGCUGGUGGCGGUGAAGGUUGGGGACGAGGGGAAAGGGGAAGGCGAGAGCAAGGCGAAAGCGUCUCCGUAG